UUCUCCCUGUCGUCUACGUCCCUUCCGGCCGCGUCCUUCGCCUUCGCCUCCCAAGAUCUCCCCCCCGUUGUCUCCUUCCCCCGGCCAUCUCCGGCACCGGAUUUUCGUCGCCGCCUUGCCCUGUCACUUUCCGCGAAGACCCAUUCCCACACACUGCUUUAAGCCAACAAGUUGCCGCCUCCGCGUAUUGGCGCGCAGCGCGGUCGGUGUCCCGCCUUGAUUGGCCCAGGAGCACGGCGAAAGGCGGCCGGCGCUGAAUUGGUUGCCGCCGCCGCUGCUGGUGCCGCGGUUUGAGAGUGCGCCGAAGGGUUUUCGCUCAUCCUGUCUUGCCUUGUGUGGGGAGCUGUCGGCAGGCAGGGUCAAAGGAGGCGGUUUUUCCUCUUGUCCCAAUCGCAUUGUUGAUCUGACGCGGUUCUUGGGGAAUUCGGAUUGGGGAUAGGCGGAGGGGGGGAGUCGUCUUCAAGGAGACUGCAGUGGUUCGCGUGGAUCCAGGAAGGGAUUUGAUCGCGUUGGGAUUUGGGAGGUGGUGGCUGCUCUGUUGCUGCUCCUGUGUUCUGUUGCUGCUCUUGCUGUUCUUGGCAUGAGCGUUGGAGAUGGGGACGGACUACUACAAUGUGCUCAAGGUGAACCGGAACGCCACGGAGGAGGACCUCAAGAAGUCGUACCGCCGGCUGGCCAUGAAGUGGCACCCUGACAAGAACCCUGGCGACGUCAAGAAGGAAGCCGAGGCCAAAUUCAAGAAGAUCUCCGAGGCCUACGAGGUUUUGAGUGAUCCCCAGAAGAGGGCGAUAUAUGAUCAGUAUGGUGAGGAAGGUCUGAAGGCUGCAGAUGGUGGUGGUUCCACAUCCAUGAACGGGGCUGCCAAGCAACGUUUCAAUCCUCGCAAUGCUGAAGACGUGUUUGCUGAGUUCUUUGGCAGCAGCAAGCCUUUCGAGAACAUGGGGCGAGCGAAGUCAAUGAGGUUCCAGACGGAAGGUGCUGGCACUUUCGGUGGGUUCGGUGGGAAUGAGAACAAGUUUAGAUCAUACAAUGAUUCGUCGGUUGGCACCAGUUCAAGUCAGGCUCGAAAGCCACCGCCUGUGGAAACCAAACUGCCCUGCUCACUUGAAGAGUUAUACGCAGGUUCAACACGCAAGAUGAAGAUAUCCAGGAACGUUGUCAAGCCCAAUGGGCAACUAGGGACCGAAUCGGAGAUUUUAACAAUCGAUAUAAAGCCUGGCUGGAAGAAGGGAACGAAGAUCACAUUCCCUGACAAGGGCAACGAGCAGCCAAACCAGCUCCCUGCCGAUCUCGUCUUUGUUAUCGAUGAGAAGCCCCAUGAUCUGUACACAAGGGAAAGCAACGAUCUCCUGGUCCACCGGAAGAUUGAUUUGGUGGAUGCAUUGGCAGGAACUACGGUCAAUCUGAAGACACUCGACGGGCGUGACCUGGUGAUUAAGCUCACUGAUGUGGUGACACCUGGUUAUGAGCUUGUGAUUGCAAAGGAGGGGAUGCCUAUUGUCAAGGAGAACGGGAGAAGAGGCAACCUGAGGAUCAAGUUCGAUGUCAAUUUUCCUAAGAGGUUGUCGUCAGAGCAGCGGCACAGCAUUAGGAAGGUUCUUGGAGCUCAACCUCAGCAGCAGUGAGCAGAGAUUUUCGAAACAAGAUCACCUGCCCACAGACUAAUUCAGAUAUUCUUCUCUUUGUUCGGCUGGCUCGUAUGUUUAGUCAAUUUUCCUUUGUGCUAUUUUCUGAUCUUCUCCCUUAUUGGAAAAAUAGUGAUGUUGAAGACAACAGGUGUAAUACAAGAAUGUUGUCUUUGUGUCUUCACUUACAUAUUUCAGUGUUAGCGCUGUCCAUAUCCUUUUUCUAUGAAAUCUGUUUAUUGAUGUAAACAA